AUGGAUAUAAGAAACUGGUGCAGUUCAGGCAGCAGCAAAACCAUCCACUUGGGUGGGAGGCACUACGAUGAGAUCGACCGUAUGAGAUUACGGUCUGAUUCUGGUAGCAGAUCAAACAAGUUGAGGUGGAAAGUUUUGUGGGUGAAGUUGAAGAAAGAAAAGAGGAAGAUUUUCGAGUCUCCAGCCCCUGUGCAGGUCUCAUAUGAUCCUUACACUUACUCUCAAAAUUUUGAUAAAGGGUGCGCAUUGGACGAACUUGAUGAAUAUGAUGACCUAUCUCGCUCAUUCUCCAUGCGUUUUGCAGAUCCUUCUAACAUCUUUUUAAAGAAAGAAUCGAUGGUUUAG